UGAUAGGAAUCUACCUAUUAGAUUAAUAAUAGAUAAUAAUUCUAAUAUGAAUACUAGAAGAAUAGAUACUGUUUAGUGGGCCUGUUAUUUUGGGCCUAUUAUUAUAGAGAAUAAUAAGAGGGCUUAUACUAUAAAUAGAAAGGGGAAGGAAGGCAUAAAGGAGGCUUUUAGACGGAUAGUCUUGGGACUUGGGAAGAUACGAGACUGAACAUCUCUAUCUUUUGGGGCUUCGGCUUUGGGAGGCUUCGGCCUUGGUUACUGUCUUCUCCUGUAAUCGAUCACCUUCAUAAAUAAAGUUCUCAUCAGUUUUUCUUGUUAAUCUUUCCAUAAAUCUUCUGAAUUUCUGGAGGUAUCUAUCAUUGGUAUCAGAGCAAAACGAUCUUGUUACCUGUAGGAACGAUGGAAAAUUGGGAGCGCAAUUUAGAGAAGAUGAACGAAGAGACCAGACGGAUUUGUGAAGAGAGGCGCAAAUUAAGCUUGCAAAGAAACAAACGGCGUUCUGAUAAACCAUCGCAGUCGCUCCACAAGUCGCCGAAGGAGUCGCGAAAGUCGCAGACGGAAUUGCAGUCCAAAUCGCGAACUUCUCAUAUGUCGCAAUCGCGAAAUGUUCCUUCUGGUUCGCUCACCAAGGCGCAGAAAGAAUCGCGAAAGGAUCUGUGCGGGACAUCGGGGAAACUCGCAGAAAAGGUUGAGCGCGAGAAUGUGGUGAAAGAGAAGCGCAAAAAUGUGGAGAAAGAAAAACGCAAAAAAAACGGAGAAAGAGAAGCGCGAAAAAGUGGAGAGGGAAAAGUCUUCAAACCUGGAGAAGGGGGAGCCCAAGCUGCGGCAACAUCGUCGGCGAGGAAGAUCGAGGAAGGUACGUCGCUGCAUAAAUUCGAAAAGCAAAGGUUGGUUGCAAUCGCCAAUUUCUUCUGGUAUUCUGGAUUCUACGAGAGCAGAAGAAGACUCCAGUUUGAAAUCUCCAUCUGAAUCCAAAGAUUCUCAUCAGGAGUUGAUUAAUCAGCCGCAGCCAUCCACGGCAGAUAGGCAUACCUAUGGCGACAAGGAACACAAGAAUGAAUCGUCACUUGACCUUGGACCUGCAGCGGGACAAAUUACUUGUUUCCUCACUCAUAACAAACCCUCCAGGAUUGAGCUCGUUAAUUCAGAAUUGGAAACCAAGAUGAGGUGGUCGAUUGAGCGUGGCUUUCAAAUUGAUGAAUACCUUCAGGACAAGAUAAAUCAAACUGGGAAGUCAAUCCCUAUUUUUCGAGGCCUUUACCUGAUAAGGAUUGAUACUUGUAAACCUUCCAUUAAAUGGACAGUGGAGGUUCAACCAAGAUUUCAUGUGGAUGCCAAUAAAUUAGAAAAAUUGAUUCCCUUUCAUGAAGGUAUUCAUUCACCUGGUACUGGAGACUCAAUGGUUAAACCUCUCAGUAC